GCAGUUUAAAAAGUUGGAUUCUAAAUGUGUGAGUCAAUGGCCUAAAUACCGCCAUGGCUUUACUGCCAAGUCUUGUUUUAUUGUUCCGUAUUAAACUGACCAUUGUUGUAAAUAGUUGAAUUGUUAUGUUUUAACUAGCUACUGCCUGAUUAAUUUUUAUUUACGUAAUAGUGUAGGCCUACAUAGUGUGUAAAGAAGGAACUAUUCAUUCAGAUUAUUGGCUUACUAUUUUACACCUAAUUUGUCACCAUGGUACGCCUAUGGAGAUCCUCUUUGCUGUUGUUUAUAAUGGUUGCAAUUCUUGGGAUUAUUCCAUGUGAUGGUGUGGUUGUAACAAACAUUCGUUUGAUGAACGGCAACUCUGUGUCCGUGAGAGUUGGUCGCAUAGAGAUUCAGGUAAACAACAUCAACACCUGGGGUUCCAUCUGUGAUGACGGCUUUGAUAGAAACGAUGCCAUUGUUGCCUGUAGGAUGUUAGGCUACACCAAUGGAGGAAACCCUGUUCUCAACACCACAUAUGGAACUGGAUCCCAUAUCUACCUAAUGGAUGAUAGUGGCUGUACUGGAGACGAGAAGAAUUUAACCGAGUGCACCGCCAGCCAGACCAGUGACUGUAGUUACCCAGCUGACGUGGAGGUGGGGGUGGAGUGUAAUGAGAAUCUGGGCACUGGUCAGGUCACCCCUGCACCAUCCACUACAACAACGGCAGCAUCAAGUAUUAUCAGUGGCAACUGUCAGAGCACCAACCCAACAGUGAAACUCUACGGCAAGCAGGGUAUUGAUGGUAUGGGCUACGUGCAAGUCUUAAGUCCCAACAACACCUGGGGUUACGUGUGCGAUGACUCCUGGAGUGCUAGUGCAGCCGCAGUUGUUUGUGCGCAGUUGUGCUACCCAAAGAACUACACAGCCAAGCCUGGUAUCCCUGCAGAGAACAAGCUAAGGCCAGCCAACCCAGUGAUAAUCCUGGACAAUGUGGUCUGUUCUGGUACUGAGGCUACACUACAGAACUGCUCACACAGUGCCUGGUUCUCUAGUGACUGUAGGAAUGAUGAGGAUGAACUGGCUGGGGUGCAGUGUGUGGCCGCACCGUAUCAGCCCCCUCCACCCCCUGUGCCAAUUUUGACCUGUGGUCAAGGCCUGCUGGCUGCCCAGUUCUCCAGAAUCCAGGACCCCAACCUGGAGGAGAAACAUUUGAGCAUCUUGAGUCAGCCAAACUGUACUGACGCCACUAAAAGCACAACAACCAACUACGUGUCUAUAACAGUGCCAGUGGAGAAAUGUGGGACUACCAUAUCUAGAAAUGGCACACAUAUCAACUACGCCAAUGUGAUCAAGUACGACUAUACGUCACAAGAGGAGUACAUAACCAGGGUCAAUUCAUACAGAAUAGAAAUUCUGUGCUCUCUACCAAUUGAUGAGAAGGUUACAGAUCGUGUUCAGCCAGUCACUGAAACUGUUACACAGAAAGCUACAGGUGCCUUCACAACCUCGAUGCAGAUUUAUCGCAGUGACUCAUUUGCAACACCAGUCACAGAAACUCCUGUGACUCUCCCAUUGGGGGAGUGGCUAAAUAUGGCUAUUUCAAUGGAGGAGUAUGAUAGCCGGUUAAAGCUUGUGGUAACCACCUGCGUAUCUACACCCACAGGAAAUGUGAAUGGCACAGUUAAGAAGGUCCUGUUUCAAGACAAGUGCAGCCAGGAGAGCACCCUCUCGUUCUACCCACUGACCAACUUCAAGUUUGGGUUCCGUUUCAAGCCAUUCAAAUUUGUGGGCUACGACAUUCUGUACCUGCAGUGUGACGCCAUCAUCUGUCUGGCCAGUGACAACACCAAGGAGUGCGACAGGACCUGCAACAACACUAAGCCGGUCAACGCCACCUCCACAGGCAGGAGAAAAAGGAGUGACGCCAAGAUAUACACCACGGUCAAGUCCCAGCCCAUCAUCUUGUACAGCAUACAGGAGCUCCUGCCAGAGACCACGCCUGGCCGCGCCCCUGUGGUUCUAGAUGGGGGUGAGGUCACCACAACAGUCCCACCUCCAGUCACUCAACAACCCCAGGAGCUGCAGCAGAAACCUGGAACAUCCACGCAGUCCAGUUUACAGGGGAUGGAGUUUAAGGGGAAUACAGACUUGGGCUUGCGGCUUUCAGUGUCAGUAGCACACAUUGUUUUGUUGGUGUUGAUUUCCUGUGUGUUGAUGUAAGACAGUUGAACUUGUUUAUGUAACACAGCACCAACACACCAUGCAGCUAAUGUUUUGUUUAUAUAUAAUCAAAUAGUUCGCAAAAUCAAACAUAGUUUUUCUUGAAGAUAAUUUAGCAUAGUUUUAGGUAGAUCAGUUUUUUUUUAGAAAAAAAAUUAUUUUCUUUAGUAAAUACCAAUGCAAGUACAAAAAAACAUUUCCUAUUGUAUAAAUACUGCUAGAGUUGUAUAUAUUUUUUGUAUAUUUUUAUUUUACAUAAUUAAAAAAAAAUCAUUCUAAGUGUUAGCUGCCCGUAAAUAUAAGUUAAAUAAUUUUUUAUCUUAGUGUAGUCUAUAUUGCCAUAGCUUUGUUAUUUGUUGUUUUCUUUCUGCAACCAUACACUUCUAAAAUUUAAAUUUAUUUAUAUGUUGAUAUAAAUUUGCUAAAAAUUAGCAUGACAGUUGUACAGUGUAAAAACUAAUAUUUCAUGUUUGAAAAGAAUCUCAAGAAUUAUCAAUAUUUUUUUAUGCGUAAAACAUGUUGGUAUUUUUUUUCGACUGGCCAAAACAUUCUGUUAAAAAUUUGACUUUGAUAUUGUAAACUUUUCCUGGUGAUUGUGUUUCUGAUCCUCCUGUGAUGCCUUAUUGUAUUUUAUUGCCACAUUCUAUAAUGUCUGAUGUUCUUGGACGUUUGAACUGUUUUAUCAUCUGGUGCUAAGCUGCUUCAUGUGUAGUUUAUUUUAUGGUAAUGAGGUCAACUUUUAAAAAAUAUUGGCCAUGUCAUCAAGCAUUUUAAAAUAAUGACUGGCUAAAUUGUUUUUUAAACUAAUUAAACAAGUUAAAUAUUGAUAUCUCUCGCAAAAUAUAUUUUUGUUAGAAAAAGCCAGAGCUAAAUGUAGAUUUUUGUAAUUUUAAUUUUUAUUAUUUGAAGGAAAUGUAGCGCUACAGGCUAAUAUUUGAUUACAAUUCCUUGACUCAAAUUAUUUUUUACUUCUCAAAGUGAAUUUUUGUUGAACUUUUUUGUCUUCUAACAACAGAUGAGUGGCUCAAAUAUUUAUUGAACUGCAGCCUUCUAAUGGAGUGAUUUCAUUAAAAUCAUAUAAACUCACAAUGCACACAUUAUAUUCUUUGAAAACUCACUGAAAAAGUGUUUUAUCUAAACAUGAUCAAGAAUCUCAUGCAACUCCUGAUUGUUUUGUUAAUUUUGAAAAGAAAUUUGAAAUAUGGUUUUGGAAUUUCAAAAAAUCAAGCUUAAACAUUAUAAAAGUUUAAUUAUGAUUUAUAAUGCUUCAUUUUAUGUUAGGUGUAGUAAAAUAAUAACCUAAACUUAAUGUUAUGUUACUAUACUUUAAUAUUUGUGAAAAAUUUGUAAAAAUUUAUAAAGACAGAAGCAUUAGAAUUAUAUAUUCAGUCUUUAUGUGUAUUGUUUCAUUUAAUAAGGUAAAUAGAAAUAAAUACCUAAAUAUUUUGUCUAUAUCCUUUUUGUUACAUUAAUUUUGACAUGUCCAAGUACUAAAGAAAAAAACAUGUGAACUGUUGAUUCAGUUAGCUAGCUGAGCCAAGUUCAACAUUGAGAGUCAAAAUAAGUGCUUUUAAAUAAUUUUUUGUAUGAAGUUUAUGUUGUCUAUGUUAUGAAAUUUCAUGCACAUAUUGUAUAACAUGGCAGUGGUUACAGUUAUAUGAUAGUUUGCUAUACAGGGUUGAAGUGGGAGAUUAUAGAACUGUUGUAUAAACACUUUCUUUGUUUUCUUGAAAGUUUAUUUUUGCUAUUUAUUUUCAUUACACACCUCAAAUCUUUACACAUUUUUAAAAAUUUUGAUACAAUUUGUGUUUCUCUCUAAAAUUAUUUGACUCUUUUAAUAUAUUAUAAGAAUCCAAGAUUUUUUUUUAACAAUUUGAUAUAUUGUGGUUUGUAUAGAGGGUGGGGGUGAUUCAUGGAAAAGUUAUAAUGCAAGUUUUCUGUUAAAUAACAUAAGGUGAGUUAUGGAUGCAUAUAAAAAAUGUUUUUGUGAUAUUUCCUAUGAAUGAUCUUUAACUAGGUUGACACUACAGUUUAAAAAAAUACAACAGUAAAAUAUCUAAAUAAUCGUUUUAUUACAAUUGGCCAUUUGAUAAAAUUUGAGAAGCAGAUCCAUGUAUUAAAUAAUAUGUAUAUUUUGUAAUGGUAUAUCCAUACUACUAAUGUGUAUAGAUCAAAUCCAUUUGUGAUGUCUAUAUUUCUUUUAGAUGGUAUAUUAGUUUGUUUUAAAAGAUUUAUAGCUUGGGGGAAAUAUUUUACCCUUUUUUAAAAAUUAAUUUGAGCAGACUGUGAUAUAUUUGACAUAUUUUAAAAUGUAUUUUGGAAUUUUUUGCUCUUUUAUUUUGAAAUAAAGCUUA